GGUUCAAGCAAUUCUCCUGCCUCGGCCUUCUUAGUAGCUGGGAUUACAGGCGCCCGCCGCUAUGCCCAGCUAAUUUUUUGUAUUUUUAGUACAGACAGGGUCUCACCAUGUUGGCCAGGCUGGUCUCAAACUCCUGACCUCGUGAUUCGCCCACCUAGGGCUCCCAAAGUGCUGGGAUUACAGAUGUGAGCACCACACCUACUCAGUUGUUCUGUAUACCAUUACAUGUUCAGCAUCCCUAAUCCAACCAUCUGAAAUUAAAAUGCUCCAAAAUCAAAACUUUUUGAUCUUCAACAUGAUGCCACAGUGGAAAAUUCCACACCUGACCGCAUGUGAAAAGUUGUAGUCAAAAUUGUGUUUGAUACACACACAAUUUUUAAAACUGCAUAAAGUUACCCUGAGGCUAUGUGUAUAAGGUGUAUACGAAACAUAAAUGAAUUUCAAGUUUAGACUCUGGCCCCUUCCCCAAGAUAAGGAGCCAAAAUCUGAAACAGUUCUGGUCCUAAGCAUUUGGGAUGAAGGAUACUCAACCUGUACCCAGUUUUCUACACGACACUACUUAUGAAUAUCUUUUAAAAAUUUCUUUAUCCCUACUUCUUUUCUGUCUUCCCUACCAGAAUAUAAUUUUCACGAGACCAGUACCUGACAAACACACGUGCUACAUAUUCAAUCUUUAUCGAAUGAAUUUAAUAUUUUCCAAGUUUUCUCUAAUUAACAUUACUUCUAUAUUAUUAAUUUUAUAGAGAAUCCAAAUAGCAUUUUAUUAAGCAGACCAUUCAGUCGGUCCGAGUUCAAAUUCUGCUACUACAGCAAACUAUAUGUAGGACUCAAGGCAAGUUUCUUUUUCUUUUGAGACGGAGUCUCGCGCUGUCGCCCAGGCUGGAGGGUAGUGGCGCGAUCUCGGCUCACUGCAACCCCCGCCUCCUGGGUUCAAGCGAUUCUCCUGCCUCAGCCUCCACAGUAGCUGGGAUUACAAGCGCGCGCCACCACGCCCAGCUAAUUUUUGCAUUUUUAGUAGAGCCGGGGUUUCGCCAUGUUGGCCAGGCUGGUCUCAAACUCCUGACCUCAAGUGAUCCGCCUGCCUUGCCGCCGAAAGUGCUGGGAUUACAGGAGUGAACCACCACGCCCGGCGAAGGCAAGUUUCUUAAUCUUCUUUCCUCACUUGUAAAACUAGAAUACUGUCUAUUUUCAUAAGGUUAAAUCAUACAGGUAAAAGCGCUUCAUCACUCAACGAAAUUUUUCCAACAUAAGAAAAAGUCCUCGUUGCUCCUUGCCUUGCCCUUCACCUCAACGCUUCAGGUCCCGACCAAUCCCUCGGAGAGCUCAGAAGGAGCCCUUCUAGCCGCCUACCGCCACGGAGUGCAGGGACAGCCGGGAAGGGGACGGAACCCGGAGGCCAGAGCACGCACUUCCUCCCACGCUUUCCUCACAGCCAAUCGCCCACUGGUGCCCCACCCCUUCCGUUCUGGGAAAACUCGAGCACCCAGAACGGCUUCCGGCCGGAGCUGUGCAGCUCCUUAUCAUGGGGACAAUUCAUCUCUUUCGAAAACCACAAAGAUCCUUUUUUGGCAAGUUGUUACGGGAAUUUAGACUUGUAGCAGCUGACCGAAGGUCCUGGAAGAUACUGCUCUUUGGUGUAAUAAACUUGAUAUGUACUGGCUUCCUGCUUAUGUGGUGCAGUUCUACUAAUAGCAUAGCUUUAACUGCCUAUACUUACCUGACCAUUUUUGAUCUUUUUAGUUUAAUGACAUGUUUAAUAAGUUACUGGGUAACAAUGAGGAAACCUAGCCCUGUCUAUUCAUUUGGGUUUGAAAGAUUAGAAGUCCUGGCUGUAUUUGCCUCCACAGUCUUGGCACAGUUGGGAGCUCUCUUUAUAUUAAAAGAAAGUGCAGAACGCUUUUUGGAACAGCCCGAGAUACACACGGGAAGAUUAUUAGUUGGUACUUUUGUGGCUCUUUCUUUCAACCUGUUCACGAUGCUUUCUAUUCGGAAUAAACCUUUUGCUUAUGUCUCAGAAGCUGCUAGUACGAGCUGGCUUCAAGAGCAUGUUGCAGAUCUUAGUCGAAGCUUGUGUGGAAUUAUUCCAGGACUUAGCAGUAUCUUCCUUCCCCGAAUGAAUCCAUUUGUUUUGAUUGAUCUUGCUGGAGCAUUUGCUCUUUGUAUUACAUAUAUGCUCAUUGAAAUUAAUAAUUAUUUUGCCGUAGACACUGCCUCUGCUAUAGCCAUUGCCUUGAUGACAUUUGGCACUAUGUAUCCCAUGAGUGUGUACAGUGGGAAAGUCUUACUCCAGACAACACCACCCCAUGUUAUUGGUCAGUUGGACAAACUCAUCAGAGAGGUAUCUACCUUAGAUGGAGUUUUAGAAGUCCGAAAUGAACAUUUUUGGACCCUAGGUUUUGGCUCAUUGGCUGGAUCAGUGCAUGUAAGAAUUCGACGAGAUGCCAAUGAACAAAUGGUUCUUGCUCAUGUGACCAACAGGCUGUACACUCUAGUGUCUACUCUGACUGUUCAAAUUUUCAAGGAUGACUGGAUUAGGCCUGCCUUAUUGUCUGGGCCUGUUGCAGCCAAUGUCCUAAACUUUUCAGAUCAUCACGUAAUCCCAAUGCCUCUUUUAAAGGGUACUGAUGAUUUGAACCCAGUUACAUCAACUCCAGCUAAACCUAGUAGUCCACCUCCAGAAUUUUCAUUUAACACUCCUGGGAAAAAUGUGAACCCAAUUAUUCUUCUAAACACACAAACAAGGCCUUAUGGUUUUGGUCUCAAUCAUGGACACACACCUUACAGCAGCAUGCUUAAUCAAGGACUUGGAGUUCCAGGAAUUGGAGCAACUCAAGGAUUGAGGACUGGUUUUACAAAUAUACCAAGUAGAUAUGGAACUAAUAAUAGAAUUGGACAACCAAGACCAUGAUAGACUCUAACUUAUUUUUAUGAGGAAUAUUGACUCCUUGGCUUCCAAUUUAUUUAGUAAUCCAACUUUGCAUUGACUGUUUAAUCAUUUACUCUAAAUGUUAGAUAAUAGUAAGCUUGUUCACAUUUCAUGAAACCUAUGAAACUAUAUUUUUGUAAAAUUUAUUUGUGACAGUGAAAUCCUCAUAAAUGUUAAAGGCUUUAAAUAGGCUUCCUUUAGAACAUGUGUUUCUUUAAAUUUGGAUUUUGGUAUCUUUGGUUUUGUAGUUGACUGCAGUGUGAUGUGACCUUACCUUUAUAAGAGCCACUUGAUGGAAUGGAUCUGUCACAUUACUAAGAUACGAUAUUUCUUUUUUUUUCCGAGACGGAGUCUUGCUCUGCCACUGUGCCCAGCCAAUACAUUAUUAUUAACUUAGGGCUGUACUUUAUUAAGGCUUCCUUAGUUUUUGUUUUGUUUUGUAUUUUGAGAUGGAGUCUCACUCUGUCGCCCAGGCUGGAAUGCAGUGGCGUGAUCUCAGCUCACUGCAACCUCUGCUUCCUGGGUUCAAAUGAUUCUCCUGCCUCAGCCUCCCGAGUAGCUGGGAUUACAGGCACCUGCCACCACGCCCAGCUAAUUUUUGUAUUUUUAGUAAAGAUGGGGGAUUUCACCAUGUUGGCCAGGCUGGUGUUGAACUCCUAACCUCAUGAUCCACCCACCUUAGCCUCCCAAAGUGCUGGGAUUAGUUGUGAGCCACCAGGCCUGGCCGAUGUUUUCUUUAGUGAGAUUUAUAAACAUGCUUCUUGAAUAAUACACAUUUUGGGAAAGGGAAAAAUGUCUGUUCAAAAAGUAAAAGUCUCUUUUAUAGCUUUUCCAAACUUAAUUGCUAAAUUUUUCUUUGAGGUUCUCCUGAAUUAUGUCUUACAAACUAAAAGCAAAAAUUUUUAGCAGAAAUUUUGGAAUACAUUCUAUCUAGCACAAUUUGAAUUUUUAAUUAUCAAGAUUUUUGUUAAAGUUUCUCUCCUUUAAAAAUUUUAGUACAUUUGUAAAUAGUCCAUGGUUCUCAGUGUUUUAUUUUGAUUAGGUGACUACCCAACUUUUGGUGAUAUGCAGUUAAAGAAUCCUAAUUUUCUAUGUUACAUUUAAUCAAAUACUGACAUAAUGAAUUUAUCUUUUCUGCCACAUUUUCAUUCAUUCGCUUUUUAAUUUCUUAUUUUAUUAACAAAAUAUAUCAAAUAUAUUACCAAAACACAUGGAGUUCCAUACAUAACAUGGAAUUUGAUGUCUUUUCAAGUUGCACAAAGAAUUUGAGAAUAUAUAAUAUAAUUUUACCAAAGCAUAAUGGACCUUAGAUUAUAGAAUACAGCAUUGUUAGGUCUGCAGUGGGCAGUUUCUUUUUGUUUUGCUUUGUCAAAAAUGGGAAAUUGUUAACUGUGAUGAAGUGUGAGAAUUACAUAGAUUAUGUUAUUUUUUAGUUGUUUUCCAAAUGCAGAGUUUAAGGACUUUCUAACAUGGCUAGUAUUACUUCCAUAAAGUAUAACAAGCAGCAGUCACACAUGACCUAGGAGGGUUUUUUAUUGUUUUAUUUUAUUAUGCAUUCCAUAACAGUUUUAAAAUGGGAUUUUGAGAAUGGACUUAACUUUCCUGGAAUCCAGUGCUCCUGGAGAUUUAUGACUUUCCCAGCCAUCAGCCAGCUAUCUAGAGAAGAUUUUUGUUUUUCUGGAAUUUGCAACAGUUUCUUCAGUCAACUCAUUCACUUUCAAAUAGGAGCAGCACUUUGAAAUCCUUUUUCUUCACUGUGGAUUAAAAACAUCCAAGAAGCCAUCUCUGUCAAGCAGAAUUGUCAUCUGUGGUAAUAAGUGACCAUGUCCUAAAUACCUUUUUCUUAGUGAGGAGUUGGUCAUUGUCUUUGACAUCUGCAACCCCUGUUCAGGCAUGUUACCUGCUAAAGAAAUACAGCCUAUGCUACCUUGACUACUGGGGAAAAUGAUACUUUGUAAAAUGUAAUAAGGCAACCUGUUCCUUGGCCUUUAUCUUAUGUUUUCCAACUAUUACUGUAUCUGUUAUUGGUCUACUAUUACAGGAUGAUUCUUUUUCCUCCAUUGAUCUCAACUAAAUGUGAAUUAGGGUCAUGCAUGAAAUCUGAACUGCCAUGUCCUGAGUUAUGGUUAAGAGGUAUGUGCUGCCACCCCAUGCAUGUCUUCCCCGUCCCCAUAGGAUUUUAAAGUGUUCAGGUAUCAGACACAGUUAUGUGUGAGGUUUUAUGCCUACUUCCUCAAAACCAAUUCAGAGGCAACACCUGUGCAUCUGUCCCACCAAAGGUGCUUUAAUACCUACCUUCACUGUUUGAGAAAAGACACUCACAGUUGCCUGCGGUUUAUGAAAGAAUUGGCCCUACUUCCUGCAUGUAAGAUGUUACAGGGGACAUUGGCCCAUGCAUUAUUAUAUAGAGAAGUCUUAUUUGCCAAGCUCUGACUAACUUCUGGAUAUGAAAAUAAGGAACUCGCCCAGCAUAGGCCUAUAGGCAGCAGCCUUACUAGUAAAUCUUGCCACAGAAUCACUUGAAGCUAGACAGAGAAAGAAGUUCAAUUUAAAUAUUUGUCCCAUUGUUUGUGAUUAAGAUGUAAGCUCCGUGGAAUGUAAUUAACCCUGCUUUACGAAGUCACCGUAUUAUAAUGGGAAAAACACUGCCUAGGAGGCAAGAGAUCUGAAUUCCAGUUCUGAUGCUGCCACUGUGUAAGGAAGUAGUUUUAUAACCCAUGGGCAAAUCAUCUGAGCUUUCUCAUCUGUAAAGUUAGAGAGAGGAAUUAAUUAGUUGAUCUGUAAAAUACCAGCUUCAAAACGUUCUGGCUAAAUCUGUAGAAUAUGUGCCCAAUUGCUAAACGGAUGUUGUGCCCAGAAUUUUAUCUAGUGACUACCUCAACAUACAGGCCAAGUGUUACCUACACCAACACCCAAGCCAUUAAUUUGAGGUGCCGUGAGAAUAGGUGAACCACAGCCUAACACCAUUUAGGUUUUUGUGUUUUUUUCAGGCUUGCCUCUACUUAAAUAUAUUUAGAUUGGAGAGUUUUCUUAGACUUCUUUCUUUGUAAGAAAGGGUUAUUUGGGAAAGUGUUGGAAAAAAGAUUAGGGCAGGGUACCCUUAGUUUAUAUAGGGUACAAAAGAAUGCGAAACAUCUUCCCUUUCUUCUUUAAUCUCUGAAGUCAUGUUUGGAAUUACAUAUAAUGUAGCAGGUACUCGAGAGGACCUGAAUUUCAAGCCUCUGUUGUAGCUGUUUAUAAACUUCCAAGUUUUGCUUGACUAAAGAAUGCUGAACUUUUUUGGGAGUCUGAUCUCCUUCUAAUAUCAGAAAGUGCUUUUUACAUUCCAGAUUGUUUGAAUUAAACUGUUUGGAUUAAAGAACA